AUGAACUGGUUGCUUCUCCGAUGGCAACUGUUGCUUGCGUUCUUCCAUGUUUUCCAUGUCGAACUGGGUGAACGCGUUCGUUUGGCGGAGCUGCUCAGCAUUGAUCCGGAGGCGCUUCAGCAGCAGAAGCGCCUCAAGGCGCUACUCGCGCGGCACGAGGGCGGCGCCAAGUUCACCAACCUCGAGGCGGUCGUUCGCCAGCUCUUUACCAUCUUUUUCAAAGACUUCCCAGUGCUUUUGCAGGCGCCCUCGUUGCCCACGCCCUAUGGCUGGCAGAUCCCGAUCUUUGGGCUGGAAGUUGGCGCAAACAACACCCAGGCCACAGCGUCGGACGCCGUCAGGUCAGGCCUUCGGCACGUGCACAUCCUCCUGCCGUCGGGCCCAACCACCCGGGCAACCGAUGGCAGCACCUUUGUGCGAAAGAUCUUGCCAUUGAAAUUGGCAGAGGUGUUGAACAACCUGCAGCAGAAGCACCUGCACUAUUUACGCGAAGCGAUGGUCAUCACCGUGCGGACGCCGCCACACCUGGUCUUUGUGCUGGCGGAGGUCCGGAAGACCUUGGCCACCGCGGGCUAUGCGGUGGCUUGCUGGUUUCUGGAUGUCCGUGGCUGUACUCCAGCUGACAUUGGAGAGCACUGGCAGGCCAUUUCGGCCGCGAAGGCGCCCAGCGAGGCUGCUGAUGCCCUGCAGAAGCGCCUCCAGGGCCUAGGCGGAAGAGCCAGCCCGAUGCCGAUCCCCGCGGCCAGCAGGGCCUUCGCGGCGCUGGCCGUGGCCGUGGCGGUGCGGGCGGUGCGGCCAAAGGAUUUGGAGUCAGAGCGUGAGGAGAUCUUUCAGCAGCUCUAUAGGCGCUAUUUUGCUCACUAUGACCAGGGUCUUGCACGGUCCAUGCUGGGGCUGCUGCCCCAUGAAAUCCCAAUGCAGUUCGAGUUCGAGGUACCUAGGCCCCUCUAUUAUAUGAAUAUGACUCCUGAGCUUCUGCUCAUGCGUGGGGGCAUCAACAGCCCAUCCUUUGCUCCCGGCGAGGCCUUCCAAAGCGACUCGCCCUGGUGGCUGGUGGAGAUCGAUGGCCUUGGUAGCAAGCAUCAUCAAGUUCUCCAAGGCUUGCCCGAAGCCAACAGCGUCGUGGUGCGGCCGAAGACGGUGUUGAACAGCAGCUUGCCCGAUGACUUGGUGGGAUACUUGGACAAGCUGAAGGUGCCUCGGGAGCAGCACAAGGGCUCCUUCCAGUUCACCGUGGGCGUGUCCGCGGCGCAAGUACCGCAGCUGCUGCGGCGGACGCCGCCACUGCGGAGGCGCCAGGAGCAAACGGCCGAGUAUUGCAGGACUCGCCAUCCACCGUGCAGCCAGCAGUACGAAGGGCUCUUGCUGCUGGCUGGGAUGGUGUUGGAGCAAGCAGCUGCAUGUCCCUCCUGCGGUUUUCCCAAGCGCUGUCAGAGUCCGUGGCUCCUGCGGACACAUGUAGGAGAUCUCGUGCAGACAUUGCCAGAGGAGGAACAGCAAAGUCUGGUGGAUGAUGCUCUGCAGCUCUGGAAUGGUCAUCCAGAUGUACCCCUUUAUCCCAAGGGCAUCAUGGACUAUUUGCACUUUCCUGAGAUGGCUGAGAUCGGUGGAAUGGUGAAGACACGCUUGGACGAUGCAUCCUCGGCACGGGAGGAGAUGCCCUUGGAGAUGGCUGGCUUGCUGCAGCUGGCCUCGAGGAUGCAGCUCAUCCGCGGUUUUCAGCGACAAGCGCAGGAAAAAGGCUUCGAGAACGUGAAGAAGUCGAUCAGCGCUUGCGAGGCCGACGCUGCGAGGUCAACGGCUAUGGGGGGUCCUGGCAAGUGCCCAGUGGGCGCCAGUGGCUGUUGGCAGCGCAGGAAGGCCGCGAUUUGA